AUGAGGCUCGCAUAUCGUGUCGGUGCGGCCGUCGCACUCCUGCUCUUCUCGCUCGUCUUGCUUAACCGCCAAUUCCACGCCACCACCAACGUCCCCAAGUCCUUCUGGCACUUCGACACCACCUCUUUCCGCACAGCCCUGCGCCCGCAGACACAGGGCGCUACCCGUCGCAAAUGGGGCAUUGGCACCAACAACAAGAAUGGCGUCGUCUACCAGAAGACGGCCAUCGAGGUCCCGAAUGAGGGGAUUAUUGUGAUGGGCAAGAUGGCCCACGAGGAUACGGCCUGGGUGUCUGCCGAGUUGGCGGAAUGGCGCAAUUUUAUCUACACCGUCGACGACAUCAACGCCCCAGUCCACACUCGCUCCAACAAAGGCCGCGAAGCCCAACCUUACCUCCAAUUCAUCGUCGACCACUACGACGACCUCCCCCGCAACGUGGACUCGAUCCGGGCCUUGCAACGCGACUGGGUGCUUCAGCAAGGCUACGUGAGUCUGCGCUGUCAGCUUUCCCCCGGCUGUCCGGCGGAAAUGCAACCCUUCCGCAAGCCCGCCAAGCCUGGCAACAACGGCGAGAAGCACUACGCCGAAGCCUGGAAGGAACUCUUCGGCAACACGAAUGUUCCCACGCAAAUCGGCGCGCCGUGCUGCUCGCAGUUUGCUGUGUCCGCGGAACAGGUGCUGCAGCGUCCCAAGAGCGAUUACAAGCGGAUGCUGGAUUGGGUGUUGAAUAAUGACUUGCCCGAUGAGGUUACUUCGAACAUUAUGGAGUAUUCGUGGCAUAUUAUUUUUGGCAAGGAUCCGAUUUUCUGCCCCGAUACCUACCAAUGCUACGCCGACGUCUACGGCGAAGAAGUCAUCGUGCAGUGA